AUGCUUGUAAUAAUGGCGGUUAUACGUGAACGGUAUUUGCAAACAUCAACAAAUUAUUUUGUUACAUCACUUGCAGUCGCAGAUUGCUUAGUGGGACUUGUUGUGAUGCCAUUCUCAGCCCUAUAUGAAGUUUUAGAACACACAUGGUUCUUCGGCGUAGACUGGUGUGAUGUUUGGAGAUCUUUAGAUGUUUUAUUUAGUACAGCUUCGAUACUUAAUUUAUGUGUUAUAUCACUAGAUCGAUACUGGGCAAUCACAGAUCCAAUAACAUACCCGAUGCGUAUGAGUGGUCGAAAAGCCGCUUUUCUUAUAGCGGCUGUAUGGGUUUGUUCCGGUGCUAUAUCGUUUCCAGCGAUAGCAUGGUGGCGAGCAGUGCGGUUGGAAGAAGUUCCAGAUUAUAAAUGCCCUUUUACGGAAAACUUAGAAUAUAUAAUAUUUUCAUCAACUAUAUCCUUUUAUCUUCCUUUGUUUGUAAUGGUAUUCACGUAUUAUCGUAUAUAUCGUGCAGCGUCUAUUCAAACACGAUCUCUUAAAAUUGGGACGAAGCAAGUAAUGAGGCCCGGUGGUGAGCUAGAAUUAACUUUAAGAAUUCACCGCGGAGGUACAGUACGUCAGAGAGCAGAUGCAUGUCAUGGGGGUUGUACUCCUGAAGAAGCGGAUCAAGAGCCUUUAACUGCAUUACAAAAUAAUGGUCUAUCACGGUCUUCAACUCGUCUAACAAAUGUUGCACAUACCAAGCAUGUGCCAAAGAAUUUUUCAUUAUCCAAAAAAAUUGCCAAGUUUGCAAAAGAAAAGAAAGCUGCAAAGACUCUAGGUAUUGUCAUGGGCGUAUUUAUAGUGUGUUGGCUGCCCUUCUUUGUAGUGAACUUAUUAUCUGGCAUAUGUUCGUCUUGUAUCACUCAUGAGGAAAUUGUGAACGUAGUUGUAACGUGGCUUGGCUGGGUCAACUCUUCGAUGAACCCUGUAAUUUAUGCAUGCUGGAGUCGUGACUUUAGGAGGGCCUUCCUUAGAAUCUUAUGUACAUGUUGCCCCCGAAAAUUGCGUCGAAAAUACCAACCUCAGCUUCGUUUUAAGCAAUCUCAGUAUCCCCUGUCUACAAUGAUGUAUUCAUCGGUGUCUCAGCACGAAAUGUGUCGAUUGUGA